AUGGCAGGCACACAGCGCUACAUGCGCUACAUCGUCUUUGCCUUCAUCGUGCUUAUGCUUAUCUUCUUCUUCUCUUCGUCCGAUGUCCCUACGAGCCGCCUGCAGAGCGCCAGCGAGAUCAUAAAGGAGCAGGGCUCCAAAUGGAAGGGCUCUGGUGCCUCGACCGAGCCUGGCUCCAACGAGCUUCCCGUCGUCAACUCUCCCGGCCACUCCGGCAGCUCGUCCCAGGGCACCACCCCGAAUACUCCUACUCAAUUGACCGGCACCGCCCCCGGCGAGCGUAUGAACGCCACCUUUGUCACUCUGGCCCGUAACUCGGACGUCUGGGAGAUUGCUCGCUCCAUUCGCCAGGUCGAGGACCGCUUCAACCGCAAGUUCAACUACGACUGGGUCUUCCUGAACGACGACGACUUCGAUGAGAACUUCAAGCGCGUCACCACCUCGCUCGUGUCCGGUAACACCAAGUACGGCAAGAUCGACACCGACCAGUGGUCUUUCCCGCCCUGGAUCGACACCAACAAGGCCGCCAAGGUCCGUGACGAGAUGAAGCAGAAGCAGAUCAUCUACGGCGACUCCAUCAGCUACCGCCACAUGUGCCGCUACGAGUCUGGCUUUUUCUUCCGUCACCCGUUGAUGCUCGACUACGAGUGGUACUGGCGCGUCGAGCCCAGCAUCGAGCUCUUCUGCGACAUCAACUACGACACCUUCAAGUUCAUGGCCGACAACAAGAAGAAGUACUCUUUCGUGCUUAGUCUGUACGAGUACGUCGAGACUAUUCCCACUCUCUGGGACAGCGUCAAGGGUUUCAUGCAGAAGUAUCCCCAGCACAUCGCCAAGGACAACUCCAUGGCUUUCCUCAGCGACGAUGACGGCAAGACCUACAACCACUGCCACUUCUGGUCCAACUUCGAGAUCGGUAACCUCAACUGGCUCCGCAGCGAGGCUUACAUUGACUUCUUCACGCACCUUGACCACGAUGGCGGUUUCUUCUACGAGCGUUGGGGCGACGCGCCUGUGCACUCGAUCGCUGCUGGUCUUAUGCUCAACAAGGACGAGAUCCACUUCUUUGAUGAUAUUGCCUACUACCACGUCCCUUUCACCCACUGCCCGACUAGCCAGAAGACACGCACUGACAACAAGUGCCACUGCAACCCUGGUGACAACUUCGACUGGAACGGCUAUUCCUGCACUGCACGCUUCUUUGAAGUCAACAAUAUGGAGAAACCAGAGGGGUACGAAAAGCAGCAAUAA